AUGUCUGACUGGACCUAUGAAAUGCUCCGAUAUGCUUUCAGCUGGAACGAUGAGUCAAGCGAAAAGGCACUCAAGUAUGUUGUUAACGGCAGAAGUCCGUCGGAGACAAUGUCAGAAAUCCAGCUUCUCGACAUACUGCUGCUAACCAUUCUGACUGAGAAAGAUGAAGUUGAAAGGACGUCUGCGCUCGUUUUCUUAGAGGAGCACGGCAAGAGUUUGGUCUUCGAUUAUUCGCGGCUUCACAAAGUAUACUUCGUGCUCGAGAACAUUCUGGGUUCACCAGUUGAUGGUCAGGGCAUGACGUAUUCAUUGAAGUCGCAAGUUCUGGUCACGUAUACGGCACUCUUGAUACAGUUCAACACCUUCGAGACAGACGUUGCUCGCUUCGAAGGCUUCGUGGAUCUGUUAUACUCAAUGGUAAAGCACACAAACAAGUCAGCGGAUCGAAUCCUUCGGGCCUAUGCCUGCGAGUGCUUGCACGAACUGGAGAGCUGGCAUCCAGGGCUUCUGUUUCCGCUACUCGGAGAGGACUGGACGGUGCCUCCCAUCUGGGCGGGUGGAAUGACAGCCACUGUGCAACAGGGCUCCUCCGUCGGCAUCAACACGCUUGCCAAGUUCGCCAACGACGAGCUGCUGCACAUACAGGAGAGCUAUGCGCGGCUCUUUUUCACCACGAUCCAGCAUUUCACUGAGCAGUUGGUGCAGGAGGCACUGAAGCAUCAGCCAGAGGAACGGCGCGAGGAUCUAACGGAGCUCUCGCUGCAGUCGGGCCUCACGACACCUCUGGCGGGGUCCAGGCCCGGCACGCCGCCCCUCACUCCACGCGGCGAGGACGAGACCGGCCAGUCCAGCCAGUGGGCGCUGCCUCAAGCGAAAGGCGACUCCAAGGACUCCAUGUUCCGCUUCCACAUCCCGAAGAACUGCCACGCAGGCCCGGAGUUCGCUUUUGACCUCGCAACGGAUCAGACACCUCCUCGAUUGCCUCGCAAACUAGUGAGGACCAUGACAAGAAGCAUCGGCUUGGUCCUGGAGGCGAUGCCCACAUCCUCGUCCUGGACCAAGAUCUUCAUCGCCGAACGCCUAAGCCUCUUCGUGAAAGUCUUAGCACUGCCGCAGCGCGUGGUCUUCCAUCACUUCUCGCCCUUGUUGCAUGCCUCACGGCCGUCCUUGCUGCACGCCUUCAUGGUGGUGAACGCACUCUUCACAGCAAAGGAGCUUGGCUCCAACACCGUGGCUGAGGCGGUGGUUCAUCGGCUCUUCGCACUGGUGCAGGAUGGGGCCAUGGAGCCAUGCUUUCGCUUGCUGUCCGUCAGCUGGCUCAUCGCUCUUUCGAGCUCUUCGAAGAUCUCUUUCAAUUUGCUCUGGGAGCGGGUGCAAGAGCUCUGCCCUCGCUGGCACGAUCCUUUGGAGCUGAAGGAGAUGAAGCUGCAAGCGCUACUGUACUGCUUCAAACUCUCGCAGAACCUGCCCAGCAAUCUGUUGAUCGUCCUGGAGUCCCUCUCGGAGUUCAAAUACUGUCAUCGGCCAGUGGGUGCCCAUGCCGUAGUUUUCCGUUUCCUACUCCGAGUACUGAUUGAUUUUGCACCGGAGAUGGACCGCCUGGAGGUUCCGCAAUCCUUGUGCGACAUGCUGCGGUCGCACCUGCGAUUGCUUCCUUCGGUUCUAGCGCUCAACCAGAGGGUGAACUCCAAGGCUGUCCAGUGGAAGCUGCUCCACUCACUCGGCCAGUUCGUUUCGCGCCUCGAGCCUCCAUCAAGGAUACAAAGGUACUUUGGCCUCCUCGUUAUUCUCUCCGAGACGCCCUGGCUGGACCCAAGUUACGUCCUGACGGCGCUACAUCGGCUGGUGUUCUGCCCAUCCUCCAGCCUGACAUGGGAAGCGGGUGUGCGCGUCCUCAUUACGUGCCGUCGAAUCAUCCUUUCGCAUCCUCAGGCCGUGAUCUACCAGCCGAUGCUCCGGCUACUGCAGCACCUGGCGACCUACCAGUCGGACGUCGACUUGCGCGACCGGUCCCUGCUCUAUCUGAGGCCCUGGAAGGCCCCCCUUGUAGGGUCUUGGGGUGGUUCGCUGAUGUUAGGCAAGAAUCGCAAGGCGUACUUCACGGCUCCUUCGCACAUUCGCCGAGUGCUUAUGCCUUUAAGCAAGGACCUCCGAACGAAGUACAAUGUGCGUGCGGUUCCCAUUCGACGGGAUGAUGAGGUUAGGAUCGUGCGGGGCCACUACAACGAUCGCGAAGGAAAGGUGACGCAGGUGUACAGGAAGAAGUUCCGUAUCCAUGUGGAGCGAGUCACCCGAGACAAGGCGAAUGGGCAGCCUGUGCCCAUCCCAAUCCAUUCUUCCAAGGUUGAGAUAACGAAGCUCAAGCUUGACAAGGACCGCAAGGCCCUCUUGGACAGGAAGAGCCGCUCUGUGAAGAAGGGAAAGUACACUGAGAAGGUACCUUUCCUGCGCUUCGUGAAGUCACCCGAUGAGCGCAAGAAGUGA